AUGACCGACUCAGGAAGCAGCUCGUUCAGCGGUUCCGCAUCGCUACUGCGACAGGAUUCACUAUCGGAUUGUCCUGUAUGCUACACGAAAAUCCAGUACAAAACCGUUGUAUUUCCUUGCGAACAUACAUUCUGCCUCGAAUGUAUCAUGCAAUGGGACUUGAGAGAUGAUCAGGCUAAGACGACCUGCCCAAUGUGUCGAACCGAACUAGUCGAAGCCAGACAUUCUUUUGAUAGGAACGGAGGAUACAUCUCAACGCCACUCAACCUAACAGCUGCCCAAAGACAAGCUUUAGAGAAUAGUCCACGAUUGUUUCAAGGUCUUUACAACUCUAGGGUUAGUUCGGGUCCAAAUCCAUAUCUACGGCAGUGGUCUUGGACGCAACAUGUUCACGGAACUUUCUUCGUCAUGUCUGAAGUCAGCCCAGUAAAUAUAGGACACACGCAGGAUACGCGAAUUAUACAGAAUAAAUUGCAAAGCGAGACACAUUCCACGAUUAUCCAUAGACGAGUUGUCGAUAAGAGUUUUACCAACAUUGGGAGAAUAAACCGGGAGUACGGUUUUGCAAGCGACUUGACAAACCUUUUUCUAUUCGAAGACGCUGAACGAUAUGCCAGACCUCAACUCAGAGACGUAUCUGCUCGAGUAUCAAAUCCAGCCUUCCCCAGGUUGCGGCCUUCUUCGACAUGGUCAGCUUGGAUGAGGCCAGAAAAUCCAAAGGAACUUGCGACAAGAAUACGUACGACGAUGAGGAUUGAUAAGACCGCGGGUUAUGCCGAGGACGAGUUACCCAAAACCAUUCAGGUGACAGAGAUAAAAGAUUUGGAGGAGAGAAGGCUGCCAGAAACAAUUGACGGGGCCGCAGAAUGGGACCUUGGCCCGGAAAUAGAGCCGGUUCAAUUUCCAAGAGUACGAGCUGAGAUUCGAGAGCUGUUGAGACAGAUUCGUCAAUCGAUUAUCAGACAACGGGUCGCCUUAGGCGGGUUGCCAAAUGGCAUGACAGUGGAUUUCGACAGGACGUUGUCUAAUAUCCACCUGCCGUUCUGA